CUGACCCGACGUGCACUGUUUCGUCACGUCGUUAUUGAAUUCUAUUAAGUGGUUUAACCGUAGGUAGCAGCCAUGCUUCUCAAGGGCAUUACAACCCCGAUGCUGGGGCAGCAGCGCCCCACUCGCGGCCAGCUGCACGUCGUGAACGUGGCUACGCCCUCCAAGAAUCCCUCCUCUCGCCUGGCGAAGCGCAGCAAGGUGGAGAUUAUUAAGGAGAAGAGCGACUACCUGCGGCACCCACUCAUGGAGGAGCUGGUUAACGACGCCACCUUCAUCACCGAGGACUCGGUGCAGCUCAUGAAGUUCCACGGCUCGUACCAGCAGGACCACCGCGAGAAGCGCGCGUUUGGUCAGGGCAAGGCUUACUGCUUUAUGAUGCGCACGCGUCAGCCCGCUGGUGUCGUGCCCAACCGCCUGUACCUGGUGAUGGACGACCUGGCCGAUCAGUACGGCAACGGCACGCUGCGCCUGACUACGCGCCAGGCCUACCAGCUGCACGGCGUGCUGAAGAAGGACCUCAAGACGGUGUUCAGCUCCGUCAUCAAGAACAUGGGAUCCACCCUGGCCGCCUGCGGCGACGUCAACCGCAACGUUAUGGGCCCCUCCGCGCCCUUCACCAACCGCCCCGACUACGUGGCCGCCCAGAAGGCCGCCAACGACAUCGCCGACCUGCUGACGCCGCAGUCGGGCGCCUACUACGACGUGUGGCUGGACGGCGAGAAGUUCAUGUCGGCUUACAAGGAGGACCCCAAGGUGACCGCCGACCGUGCCUACAACGGCUUCGGCACCAACUUUGAGAACAGCCCCGAGCCUAUCUACGGCGCGCAGUUCCUGCCCCGCAAGUUCAAGGUGGCCACCACGGUGCCGGGCGACAACAGCGUGGACCUGUUCACCCAGGACCUGGGCGUGGUGGUCAUCAUGGACGAGAGCGGCAAGGAGGUCAAGGGCUACAACCUGACGGUGGGCGGCGGCAUGGGCCGCACACACCGCGACGAUGAGACCUUCCCGCGUCUGGCUGACCCGCUGGGCUACGUGGACAAGGACGACCUGUUCCACGCCGUCAAGGCGGUUGUUGCGGUUCAGCGCGACUACGGCCGCCGCGACAACCGCAAGCAGGCGCGCCUCAAGUACCUGGUGCACGAGUGGGGCAUUGAGCGCUUCCGCGCCGUGACCGAGCAGUACCUGGGCAAGAAGUUUCAGGAGUUCAAGCCGCUGCCGGCGUGGGAGUACAAGGACUACCUGGGCUGGGGCGAGCAGGGCGACGGCAAGCUGUUCUACGGCAUCUACGUGCAGGUGAAGGACCUGGAGUCCACGCUGGAGCCCAUCUUCGCCGCCUGGAAGGCCAGCCGCCGGCCAAAGGAGUCGUUCGGCGACUGGGUGUCGCGGGUCGGCUUCGCUGCCGUCAAGACCCAGGCCGCCGCCGCCGCCGCCACGCUGCCGGCGCCGGCGCCCGUCGCGGCGCCCGCCGCCGCUGCCGGCAACGGCAACGGUAACGGCAACGGCGCCGCGGCCGCCGCCGCCGGCAAGCAGCUCGCGACCAAGUAAGCGGCUGCUGCUCGCUGGCGCAGGAGCUGGGAGUAACAGCAGCAGCAAGUGAGCGGGAGGCUGCGGCGGAGGUCAAGGGGAGCUCGCGUACUACUGCGGCGCGCUACGUAGCACGUGUAGAGAGAUGCCGCUCGCGCGCUCGAACGUUGUUGUGGGGGCUUGAGGGGCAAAGGGGUUGCGGGACAGACGACUGCGGGGAACGUGGAUUGGCCUUCUAGGUCAGAGCGAUCGUAGUAGCGAUUUGAGCGCGCACUCGGGUUCGUCCCGCCGGUUGUGUGUGUAUGUGUGCAUGGCCGCGGUUUUUGUUGGCCUGCGUAUGUGCGUGUGUGUCGGUCCUGUCGCAUCUUGUGUAUGGUACGGACAAAUGUACGGUACUUGAUUUGGGGGGUGCUGCGGCUUGCGUAAAGGCCGUUGUGAUUACUAGGCAGAAACGAGCCCAGCGCGUUGUGGCUUGGAGCUGGCAUGGGGGGCAAACACCGCCAGACCUUGUUCAGGGCUCUGAAUGUCGACAAGCGCGUUGGAACACAUUCGAUGGCCUCGCGAGAAUUGCAACACCACGCCAUUCUCAGCGACUGGCGGCUGUAGCGAUUGGGAGGAGGAUUGGACAUUGGCUUGUCACCCUAGCGAGGCCACGCCGGACGGGCAUGGUCGUGCGUACUAGCAGGUAUCUGUGUUCGCGGCAAGGUGGUGUGCGUUAGGCUGUGUGCGUCACGCGGAGGUAGCGGCGGCGGCGGCGGCGGGUCCACUGGUUGGGCGCGCGACUGCGCAUGGGUUGUAAACGCAUCAUGAAGGAUUCUGUAGUGGGCCUGUUGGAAGGCAUCAUGUCAGCAUGUUAGAUUGCUACA